AUGUCCCAAGUAUAUCAUGAUUCUGUUUCUGGUUCUCCAUCAACUCGUGUUGGUAAAGUCAAUCCCGAAGAAGGCAAAAGUCGUAUAUUUGAACGUCCUGAUCUACUCAAUAAUCAAACUCGUUUAAUUCUUAGUGCCGAUAUGAAACCAAAACGUUUAGUGCGUAGUGCUACACGCUCCAUAUCAGCUGGUCAUAAUUUGAAUAGAAUUAAUUCUGCUUCAACAGCUAUUUUAGAGGAUAAUUUAGAUGAGGAUGAUAAUGAAGUAGAUCAAGAUGAAGAUGAUGGUAGUGAUAUGGAUGUUGGUGAUGCAACAAUGAAUCAUGUUGAUCGUGAACGUUCAGUUCAAAUUGAUUAUGAUACGGAUAUUGAACAAGAACAAGAGCCGUUACGAGAUUUUUCUUGUAAAGGUAUCUAUCUGGAUCAGUGUAAAAAACAUGCUGUAAUACCAUCGAGUCACUAUUUGAGAAAUUUGGAUAAUGAAUCAUUAAUAUUUCGUUAUUAUGGUAUGAAACCGGUUAACGUCAAAGUAAUGGUACCAUCAUUGAAAAUAAAUACAACAAUAACAAAAUUAGAUUUAAAAGAAAAUGGUUUAGGAUCGAGAGGUGCCGUAUAUAUCUCUCAAUUACUUAAAGAUUCAGAAUAUAUUACAGAUUUGGAUUUAUCAAAUAAUGAUAUUGGAUUACAAGGUUGUAAAGCACUUUGCAAUGUAUUGCGUUCAAAUCGUACAAUUCGUACACUCAUUUUGGAUGGUAAUCGUUUUAAUGAUGAAUGUGCUCCGUACAUUAGUGAACUAUUGAGUAUGAAUGAAUAUUUAACUCAUGUAAGUAUAAGUAAAAAUUUAUUAGAAGAACAAUCGGGUAAACAAUUGGGAAUAGCAUUAUCAGAAAAUCCAAGUUUAGAAUAUUUAUGUUUAUCAUGGAACUGUUUACGUCAUAAAGGUAUCGGUUUAUUUAUGAAAUUUUUAUUAACAAAUGUUCGAUUACGAACACUUGAUUUAUCAUGGAAUGGAUUUGGUUUAUAUGCUGCUAAAGUAUUUGGUGAUUGUAUGAAAGUAAAUUCAACAUUGGAAGAACUUAAUUUAGCCAAUAAUCAAUUAACAACUGAAGGAGCAACACAUAUUGGUCGUGGACUGAGUAAAAAUGAAACAUUAAAAAUUUUAAUAUUAAAUGGAAAUCCGUUAGAAUCAAGUGGUUGUUAUGCAGUAAUCAAACCGCUUGUCAAAACGCCUACAAGUCAAUUACAAUUAAUUGAUUUAGGAGGAAUAUUUUUAAACAAAGAUUUUAUGGCUUUGGUAGAAGAAGUAAAACAAAUAUUGCCAAAUUUAAAUAUUAAAUUAGGCAGAGAAAAGUAA